GAAAGUAGAAAGUUGGAAACCGAAAAUUCAGUUGGUUUGGUAAUGGUAGCAAAAAAUGGAGCUCUCCUUUCUCUCAACCUAAACAAGGAGAAUCCAACAAAGAAGAACUAUAUACUUGAGCUUCUCAAUCCCCUAACGACGGCCAUAGAUCUGAUUCCAAGGUUCUGGAAUCUCCUCUGAUUAUACUCGAAGCAUUGGAGCAAUGGAUCGGAUUUUAAAGGCCGCAAGAGCAUCCGGCUCUCUUAAUCUUUCCAAUCGCUCUCUCAGUGAUGUGCCAAGUGAGGUUUAUCGAAGCUUGGAUGCAGUUCAGGCGGACGAGAAGUGGUGGGAGGCUGUGGAGCUACAGAAGCUAAUUCUAGCUCAUAAUAAUAUUCAAUUGUUGAGUGAAGAACUGAGGAAUUUGUCUUCUCUUGCUGUAUUAAAUGUUAGUCACAACAAACUUUCUGAACUUCCAGCUGCAAUUGGAGAGCUUCCUGCCCUAAAGCUCUUAGAUGUGUCCUUCAAUUCAUUAAUGAGAAUACCUGAUGAAAUUGGAUCCGCCACUUCACUUGUCAAAUUUGACUGUUCAAGCAAUCACCUUCAGGAACUACCAGGUGGACUUGGAAGGUGUUCAGAUCUGUCGGAUCUAAAGGCAUCAAACAACUCCAUUUCCAGCUUGCCUGUUGAACUUGCGAACUGCUCAAAAUUGACGAAGCUUGAUAUGGAGGGGAACAAACUAAAGGUGAUAUCCAAAAAUUUGAUUGCAUCAUGGACUCUGCUCACUGAACUUAAUGCGUCGAAGAAUUUGCUUAAUGAGUUACCUGAGAAUAUUGGUAGCCUAUUACGCCUCAUUCGUUUAAAUGUAUUCCAAAACAAAAUUUCAUCAAUUCCACCUUCAAUAAAGGAUUGCUGUGCGCUUGCAGAGUUAUAUAUGGGGAAUAAUUCAGUAAGUACGCUACCAGUGGAGAUUGGGGCACUUUCUCAUUUAGGGACUUUAGAUCUUCACUCAAACCAGUUGAAAGAGUAUCCAGUUGAGGCAUGCAAGUUACAUCUCUUGGUCCUAGACCUUUCAAACAAUUCAUUGAGUGGACUGCCCCCAGAAAUAGGUAAGAUGACUACUUUGAGAAAGCUCUUGCUCACAGGCAAUCCCAUACGUACCCUUCGAAGCUCACUAGUUUCUGGGCCAACACCUGCUUUACUGAGGUUUCUUCGAAGUAGACUUCCUGAAAAUGAAGGGCCUGAGGCUAGUAGCACUCAGAGAGGGGAUGUAAUAACUAUGGCAGCGAGAAUGUCUAUCACUUCAAAGGAGCUUUCUCUAGAAGGGCAAGGGCUGAGUGCUGUGCCAUCAGAAGUUUGGGAAUCCAGUGAACUCAUGAAACUUGAUCUGUCAAAGAAUUCCUUCCAGGAGCUACCAGUUGAACUUUCUUCAUGCACUUCACUACAGACCUUGAUUUUGUCUAGGAACAAGAUUAAAGAUUGGCCAGGUGCAAUUCUCAAGACGCUACCUAAUCUCACGUGUUUAAAGCUGGACAAUAAUCCACUUAAACAGAUUCCGUCAGAUGGGUUUCAGGCAGUCUCCAAGCUACAGGUUCUAGAUCUUAGUGGUAAUAUAGCUUGCUUACCUGAGCACCCAACAUUUUCCAGCUUACCACUUCUGCAAGAGCUUUACCUAAGGAGAAUGCGGCUACAUGAAGUUCCAUCAUCUAUAUUGGGCUUAAAGCACAUGCGGAUACUAGAUUUGAGUCAAAAUUCAAUUCAAUUAGUGCCAGAGGAAUUGAAGAAUCUUGCUGCCCUUACUGAGCUGGACCUAUCAGAUAAUAACAUUUCACUGCUCCCUCCCCAGCUGAGCUUGCUUGAACCCAGCCUACAGGUACUUAGACUGGAUGGAAAUCCGCUAAGAAGCAUUAGGAGGGCUAUCUUGGAGAAAGGAACCAAAGCAAUUUUAGCAUAUUUGAAGGAUAAAUUGGCUGAGUGAGUUGACAUUAGCCAGAUCGCAAGAUAUUGAUGAUUGGUCAAGUGGUAAUUUCAUUUCUUUUAGGAAAAAAAAGUGGAAAUUUGUAUUUGGAAGACGACUUGUAAAUAUAUAACCUUGUAGGGUUUGUUUGAUGGAGACUCUGAUUUUUUCGUUCUUAUAAAACAACUCUAAGUUUGUUUAUUUUCAAUUUCUUUAUUUUAUAUCUUCGAUUUUGGAACUGUAGCCAGAUUGUGAAAACUAUUUUUUGAAGGGGAAAAAACGGGGUAUGUUUUAAAA